AUGGCGGCCGACCAGCCAUCGUCGAACAACUCAGCCGACUCCGACUUUGAGGAUGUUCCGGCGACUCAGGCUGCCGCAAGCAAUGAAGACUUGUCGAUCAAUUUGGACGGAUUCAAUAGGACGUGCAAGACAUGGGACGAGUUUGAAGAGGAACUUCAUCAGCUCCACUGCAGAGCGUUCCAACCGUUCUCUAAAAGAGAAAGUAACUCCAUAGCAGUCCGGAACAAGCAGAUGGAAAACUUGUGGAAGGCCAACAGUGCGACCGGCAAGUGCAAGCGCGAGGGAAAAGGAUUCGUCAAAAAGGUGGUCUCACCGGCGCGGAGCAAGCGCGAUUAUUGCUGGAUUAAUUUUGUGGGCAAAACGUCGGCAACUCAGCGGAUUUACAUGUCGCCGGUGACCGGAAUGUUGCCAAUGUAG